AUGACAAAACGGACCGAGAGGGGAGAAGAUGAGUCUGUUAGAUAUGUCACCCUUGCUUGUGCUCGCGGUGGGAAGGCCCGGAAUAGGAUGUUGAAUGUUGCUAACCCACGGCCGACAGGGAAAACUGAAUGUAAGGCAAAGAUUAACGCCUUAAGGCAAGAUGGUGUGCUUCGGUUGACGACAGUACAUAAUAUCCAUAACCACGGCCUCAGUACAAAGAAAUCUCGCUUUUUCCGAUGUAAUAGAGAAGUAAGUGAUGCUGUAAAAAGGGUCCUCGAUACAAAUGAUUUGGCUGGCAUCCGAACGAAUAAGAGUUAUGGAUCUCUUGUUGUUGGCGCGGGUGGUGCUGGAGCGCUCCGAGAUUACUUUUUACGGAUGCAGUUCAAAAAUCUUGGGUUUUUUUAUAUGAUGGAUAUAGAUGAUGAGGGGAGGUUAAAGAACGUCUUCUGGGCAGACCCUCGUAGUAGAGCAGCGUACCAAGAUUUUGGUGACGUGGUCACAUUCGACACCACGUACCUAACGAAUCGAUAUGGGAUGCCCUUUGCACCAUUUGUUGGUGUAAACCACCAUGGACAGUCAAUUUUGUUGGGGGCAGGCCUGAUUUCCAGUGAGGAUACCGAGACCUUUGUGUGGUUAUUCGAGACAUGGUUGCAAUGCAUGGAUGGUAUCGCUCCGAAGGCUAUUAUCACUGAUCAGGAUAGAGCGAUGAAAAAUGCGAUCGUUCUUGUUUUCCCAAAAACCCGGCAUAGAUUUUGUCUUUGGCAUAUACUAAAGAAAGUCCCCGAGAAGCUUGGCUCAUAUAGUUCGUACAAAACUGGGAUGAAAAAUGCAUUGAUGAAAUGUGUCUAUGACACCCAACUUGUUGAUGAGUUUGAGAAAUGUUGGGAUCAGUUGAUUAACACUUACAACUUACAUGAGAAUGCGUGGUUGCAGAGCCUAUAUGUUGAGCGUGAACAUUGGAUUGAGAAUGAAAAUCUUGCGGACUUCCAGUCAUUUAAUGCCACAAUCCCCUGCAUAUCUAGAUCUCCGAUCGAAAAGAGGUUUCAAGAGUUGUACACGAAUGCAAAAUUUAAGGAAGUUCAGCAGCAAGUCAACCGCAUCAUUGACUUGAAUCCAAAGUUAUAUAAAAAUGAUGGUGCAGUAAAAACAUAUAUGGUAGAGGAUGAAAUAUGUUUGGAAGAGUUCACUAAGCCGGUUACCCAUUUUGUGAACUUUAGUGGCGAAGAUGCAGUUGCAAAGUGCUCUUGUGGAUUAUUUGAGAUGAGGGGGAUAUUGUGUCGGCAUAUUUUGGCCAUGAUUACUCUUGCAUCAGCUUCGAGAGAGCAUACUGAGGAUGCGAGUACUAAGUUAUAUGCAAUGAUUGAUUUGUAUCGUACCAAUUAA